AUGCCUCGCACUGUCCUUAUCACAGGUUGCUCUGAUGGCGGUCUCGGAGCGGCAUUGGCCGUAGCCUUCCACAAGCAUGGCGACCGGGUCUUCGCAACCACCCGCAAUCCCGCCAAGAUGGCAUCCCUCAAAGCGCUCGGAAUCGAGACCCUCUCCCUCGAUGUCACCUCCGAUGACUCCAUCAAAACCUGCGUACAAGAAGUCUCCUCUCUGACCGGCGGUUCGCUCGACAUCCUCAUCAACAAUGCCGGAUCCAACUACAUGAUGCCGCUAAUGGAUGACGAGAUCUCGGAGAUCGAAAAACUCUUCCGGCUCAACGUGUGGCCCUUGGUGCGGACGACGCAGCUAUUCCUGCCUUUGCUUCGCAACGCCCCCCACGGCGCCAUCGUCGCCAACAACACCUCGAUCAUGGGUGUCAUGGGCGCGCCGUGGCAAGGCGCGUACAAUGCCUCCAAAGCCGCCGCGGGCAUGUUUACCCAGACCCUGCGCCUGGAACUUCAACCGUUCGGCGUCAAAGUCAUUGACCUGAAGACCGGAGGCGUCCAGUCGAAUAUCUUCGCUGCCAUGGCUACGCAUUGGGAACCCGGGCUCCCGGCCAAUAGCACAUACGGCUUAGUCCGCGAUCGGAUCGAGGCCAACGUCAAGGGCGAUAUUGGAGGUAUGGAGCUCAUGGCUGCUGACGUCUGGGCCGGCCAAGUCGUGAAGGAUUUGUCCAAGUGCAAUCCGCCUGCGCAAAUCUGGCGAGGUACGGCCGCUAUGCGGAUUUGGAUCGCGUCAUUCAUGCCUAUUGGCAUGAUGGAUGGCAUGUGGAAGAAAUUAUCGGGUUUGGAUGUUUUUGAGAAGAGACUGAAGCAGAAGGAGUCGAAGAAGAUGGAAUGA